CUUAUUCUCGCUGCAGAUCGAAUGGACAAGCAACAUGAAGUACUGGCCAAGCACGCCGGGGCCAACAACAAGGACAUCUCGGUCAUCAUUGGCGAGAUGUGGCGUGGAGAAAGCGAGAAUGUCAAGGAGCACUAUCGUCGAAAGGCAGAACAAGGUCGCAAAGAUCAUGCGUUGAGGUAUCCCGGAUACAAGUAUACGCCCCUGAAG